AUGGAACUUGAGAAAGUAGAAUCUGAUCUCCUUGCCUUGAGACAAUUAUAUGGGCUCCGUCAAAAUAUUGGUCAAGGCCUGCAAAGCAAAAGUUCAGAAAAUUUGGAUGAGAAAGCGCAACUCUUUUUGAAAACUUUGCUUGAUAAUGCAACAGAAAGAGUUUUUGAGACCCAUUCAAAGAUUAUAGCAGCACAAUCUGGUGUCUCUAACACACCAAAGGCUAUGCUAAAGUUAAACCCUCCUGUUCCAACAUCUGUUCCCAUCAUUACUCAAGCCUCAAGCAAAGGGUCCAAAUUCCAAUCAAUUACUUCACAGAAAGAUGAGCUGCCACCCAGGAAACCAACACUAAAGAAAGCAACUUCCAUGCUCUCUAAACCCAGCAUUUCUUCAAACAAACCCGAGGGCAGAAGGCAACAAUGUUGGAUUUAUAAGCAAAGCAGUAUGAAGAGGCAGAACUCAGUUGAGGACAAAAACAGCAUAGCUAACGCUAGAGCCACAAGUUCAAACUUAAACAGUACUCGUCAACAUCAACUGCACAACCAGUUAGGCCCUUCUAAUGUGGCCAAUGUGCAAGCAAAAGAAAUACCACAAGUGAAAGAGAACCCAAUACAGAAAAGAAUGCAUGAACUCCAACAUAGUCCAAGCAUUGCUAGUUCCUCAAGCUAUUUGACAACUGGGCUUAUUGAACCAGGACUUGGGAAUAAAAAACCGGACCAGGCCAGUGAUUUUUCAAAGGACGUUGCUAGUACAAUCAAACAAGUUGAAUCCCACAUUUCAGCUUUAAAACCUUGUUCUGGGGUUGUGGAUUCUAACAUGACUAGUGCAAGUUUGGGUGUGAUGUCUAAGCCAGUUACUCCUUUGACACACACAAGAGAUGGGUUUGUUAAAAAAAGCGAGCUGGGCUAUCUUGGUGAGCCUGUAGCUUUGGGUCUGGGUCAAAAUGAAUUGCCGAGUCAAGAGGCGAGUCAACUCAGCAGGAAACAUGAUAGUCGUUUGAGCCCAGCACGCAAGCCCAUUUAUUCUCUGAGUCAGCUAGCGAGUCAGAUCGGUGGUGCUGGGGACAGUGAAUCGUUUUCAAGAGCACGUGGCUGGCCAAGUGUGAGGAGUAGAAUUGGGUCAUUGAGUCGAGCAGCGAGUCAGAAUGACGAUUUAAUGAGUCAGAGCGGUGAUUAUGUUCAAGGGUUGAGGUUUUCUAUGAGUCAGCCUUCCAAAGAGAGUGAAAAACAAAAACAUCCUACGGCUGAGAUAAAGACAACUAGGAAAGGGGUUAGAUCUAGACCAUCCAUGCCAUCUCAGUCAGUGGAGUUCACUUCUUCUCUCGGUCCUAGUGAGAAAAAAUUGCCACCUCAGAUGGUAAUCAAACCAACUCUACUAGGACUAGAUCAAAGAAAAGGGACCCACAAGAUCAACCAUAUGGGCCCACACAACAAGAUCUUGCCACGUCAGGUGCUUGAUGAAUUAGAGGGUCCUAGCUCUUCUUCAGAUUCUUACUUCUCCACUAUUAAUAAACAAGGUAGUAGUGUGAGCAGUAGUGAAAGUUUUGGUUACUCAUUGCCAAGUCAGACUCGGACCCACCAUCAAAUUGGUCCCACAAGUGAAACUGGUUGGGCUAGUGAGAAAAAUCAAGGUAGUGUGAGCAGUAUUGAAAGCUAUGGUUACUCAUUGCCAAGUCAAACUCGGGCCCAUCGUAACAUUGGUCCCACAAGUGAAAGUGGCUGGACUAGUAAUGAAAGCUACGGUUACAUUGGUCCCACAUCGAGUAAGGUUGUAAUUACAAGUGAAAGUAGCUUAGAAGAGACUAAAAGCGGUCCAUAUGUGGGUCCUACUAGAAGAUUCAAAUCAGGCCGUAGGAGGAGCCCAAAAAAAUCAAUCGGACGGUUGAGGAAAUUCAAGAACAAAUUAGGACUUAUAUUUCAUCAUCAUCACCAUCACCAUCACCAUCAUCACCAUGAUGAUGAUGAUGAGAAUGGUCAAAAAAUGUUACACCAUGGGGAUGUGCAUGAUAGUAGAGCGGUUCAGAAGGUGAAGAAAUCAACGGCGAGUAGUGUGCCACGGAAGCAUCAAGUUGGACAUUUUCAUGGUUUGAUGGAAGGGCUAUUGAAGCAUGUGCAACAUUCAAAGAAAUCCAAGGGUUCUAAAGGUGGGAUCAAACGGUUGGGAAAUGGGCCACGUGGUAGCAAUAAGAAGUUGCAUUUGUGGAAAAUGUUACGACGUCAUCGUGGUGGGGUGAAGCUACCCAAAAGCAAAAGGGGGCGUGUUAGAAUAGGGAAAGAUGGAGGGAAAUCCAAUGCUGGGUGGGCCAGAGGCCCAAAGCUUAUUUGGAAGGAAAUCCAAUUGUAG